UCAGCCUCGCCCAAGCCAUUGAAGUAAAAACGGCCCUCUCGAACCGACGACCACACAUAAUCGGCAAUCACUUUUGGUUUUCUUCUUCUUUCUAACCACAAGUCUAUUAAUCUUGACGCCAUGUCGUCACCUUUCUCUAUAAACGGCGGUGCCUGCGUGGCCAUGGUGGGCAAGGACUGCGUCGCCAUAGCCUGCGACCUGCGGCUGGGCCUGCAGUCGCUGACCGUGUCGAACAACUUCCCCAAGAUCUUCCAGUACGGCGACGUCUUCCUCGGGCUCACGGGCCUGGCCACCGACGUCUCCACCGUCUCGGACCUGUUCCGCUACAAGGUGAACAUGUACCGCCUGCGCGAGGAGCGCAACAUCGCCCCCACCACCUUCGCCAACCUCGUCUCCUCCUCCCUCUACGAGCGCCGCUUCGGCCCCUACUUCGUCAGCCCCGUCGUCGCCGGCCUCCAGCCCAAGACCGGCCUCCCCUUCAUCUGCGGCUUCGACUCCAUCGGCUGCAUCGACUUCGCCAAGGACUUCAUCGUCAGCGGCACCGCCUCCGAACAGCUCUUCGGCAUGUGCGAGAGUUUGUGGGAGCCCGACUUGGGCCCCGAGGACCUAUUCGAGACCAUCUCGCAGGCCCUGCUGAGCGCCGUGGACAGAGACGCCUUGUCAGGCUGGGGUGCGCACGUGUACAUUAUCGAGAAGGACAAGGUCACGAAGAGGUUACUAAAGGGCCGACAAGAUUAAGGGCUUUCUAUGAUUAUUUUUUGGGUGCAGAAAUCCAAUCCAGUAACCAAGUUAUGAAGAAGUCACGUUUUGGGGGGGGGGGGGGGGGGGGGGUGUGG